AGAAAAACAAAAACCCUAGAAGCGUCACUUAACUCUCGAUGAUUGCGAACAGAGAGGAGUGUAUUGAUCCGUCGACGGCAGUGGAUAAAGCGGCGAAGUGUCUGAUGUUGUUAACGAGAGUUGGCGGCGACGACGGAGUAGGAGGAGGAGGAGAGAAACGAGUUUUCCGAUGCAAGACUUGUAAGAAAGAGUUCUCUUCGUUUCAAGCACUAGGAGGUCACCGUGCAAGCCAUAAUAAACUCGCUAACAACGGUGACUAUACGACGUCGUCACUUACUGGAUCACCUAAGAAGAAAACGCCGAGUAAAACGACGACGACGUCCACGACGACGAUUCAUGUUUGUCCGAUUUGUGGGUUGAAUUUUCCGAUGGGACAAGCACUUGGUGGUCACAUGAGGAAACAUAGGAACGAGAAAGAGAAAGCUUCAUCGAACGAGUUGGUUACACGAUCUUUCUUGCCUGAGAACGCAACGUUUACUACGAUGACGACUUUGAACAAAUCGAGUAGUGGGAAGAGAGUUGCGUGUUUGGAUUUGCACGACUUAGCUGCUGUGGAGACUGGUGUCAAUACUGAUUUGGAGUUGGGAAGAAGCAUGUAUUGACACUUUCGUAUUCGUUAGCUUUUUAGUUUUCACAGAUUUAACAAACAUUUUUGCAUAGGGCUUUCACAUGGAUUUGUUACCUUACAGUCAAAAUUUAUUUGUAUACAGUUUGAUAUUUUACUA